AUGGUUCCGAUUUAUGCUGCUGAUGCGUGGUUGGCACUGAUUUUCCCUUCAUUUGCAAUUUACUUUGACACGUUAAGAGAAUGCUAUGAAGCUUAUGUCAUUUACAACUUUCUUGCGUUUUUGCUUAAUUAUUUGAGGAGCGAGUUUCCUGACUUACGAUGCGUUAUUGAACAGAAGCCACAAAUGAAACACUUGCCGCCGUUUUGUUUCUUAAACUCUUGGAAAAUGGGAAGAGUAUUCAUUGACCACUGUCGUCACGGGGCCUUGCAGUACACCGUUAUUCGUCCACUAACAACUGCUAUUGCACUAAUAUGUGAAAUGGUUGGCGUUUAUGGUGAAGGAGACUUCAACUUUCGCCACGCGUUCCUUUACUUGACUAUUAUAAACAAUGUCUCUCAAAUUUGGGCACUCUAUUGUUUAGUAAUGUUCUAUCGGUGUACUCGAUUAGAAUUAAGUCCAAUGAAACCGGUCGCCAAAUUUCUGUGCGUCAAAUUCGUUGUUUUCAUGUCUUUCUGGCAAUCCAUUUUAAUCGCAGUACUUGCUGCUACUGGUGUUAUCAGAAAGGUGGAAGCCUGGAAACUAUAUGAUGUUCAGUCUAUUGGUAUCGCACUACAAAAUUUCGCUAUAUGUAUCGAGAUGUUCAUUGCCGCAAUAGCCCAUCACUUCUCUUUCACUUGGACGCCAUAUGUCGAUCCUAAUUCGGAACCAACGAGUUGUUGUUACUCAUGGCGGUCUAUGUGGGAUGUGUCUGAUAUGCGUCGAGAUGUUGUAGAACAUGUCAGACACAUCGGUCAUAGUGUAAGACAUUUUAAUUUCUCCUCCGACCGUCAACUUUCAAGCCGUCACAGUCUUUCAGGAACUUAUCACCGAGUUGUAUCUCUUGACGCUGAUGAAGUCGAUUGUAAUAGUAUUGCAUACUGUGACAACGAAAUCAACCCUCUUCUUUCAAAUCAGGAUUCCAGUUCUGAAGUAGGAAUUGGAUCUGAAUUACUUCGUGUUAGGAAUUCCGGGGAUAAUAUUCAAACUGAAAAGAUAGUCUAA